UUUAAUUAUGGGCCAUGUUAUUAUUAAUCAAAACUUAUAUCAUACCCUUCUCAUCCGUCAUCCUGGUUAACCUUCUGUUUCCCUUCUAUGUAUUAUGCAUCGUGUGUCUCUAGCCACGGCAAUAUCGGAUCAUGCUUCUUACUUCUGCACUCAGCCCAUUGGGCUUGUUGCUCGUAAGCGCGUUAGGGGUUCGCGCUGCCAGUGUGCAAUACAACUCAUCAGUCCCUAUAAAUCAGCGCAGCGCUCAGGAGGUCAUCGCACAACUCAAGCUCAUCCCCAACGACGAGAAAGGCUAUUAUGUACAGACCUUUGAGGAUGCCGACUCGGUUACAAGAAGCCCAGGCAAUAGCACUCGGUCUGCCAGCACCGCCAUUUACUAUCUGCUCGAAGGCGCGGCAGGGUCAUCCUACUGGCACCGUGUCGACGCCGUCGAAGUCUGGCACUACUAUGCAGGCGCACCGCUGACUUUGUCGCUAUCGAACAACGAUGGCAAGCCCCCGGUGGACAAGGUGCUCGGACCAGAUGUCUUCAACAAUGAGCAGCCGCAGGUGGUCAUUCCGAAAGGGACAUGGCAAAGUGCCCUUUCAAGUGGGAAGUGGACUCUAGUCGGCACUACCGUGGCCCCAGGUUUCGUCCCGGAUGGCGUAGAACUUGCACCACCUGAUUGGAAACCGGAUGGAGCAUAAGGGUGGUAUACGAAGCGUAAGAACACAUGCCACAUGCUAAUACUUGGCACAAAAUACCUGUCUUAUAUCAAUGUCACAAAAUCAAUAUCGGAGUUUAUAUCAUGGAUUUUUAAGCCAAAUAUUCGUAACGUUUAGC